AUGUAUGCGGGACUCGCGGCACUAUUCAGGGCGCGAGCCAUUCGGCUCGGUGCACCUCGAUUUAGUGCAGCCGCAUCGAGCCCGAAUCUCGCACAAGGGCGUUCGCAGUGUCUAGACCAGCGCUCUCUGCACCUGAGCGCCUCCUCCCCGACCGCCGCCACCGCGCGCGACACAGCCGUCCAAGCCGACUCCAAAGACGGACGAGUCGAGGAAACCGCACAAGUCAGCGAGAUAGCCCAGACGAACCUGGCCCGUAACAGGGAGAUUCGCCACGCGUACCGACACAAGACGCCCGAGACCGAAGCCGCCGUGGCCGAGAUGCUCGGCACCACGUACAUCCCGCCCGCGCGGCAGUACCCCACCGCCGAGGCCACCGCUCUGAGCCUGCAGCGCGCGCGGCUCGUUGCACGCAUCCGUGUCGGCGAGGAGACGCUCGCGGCCCGGGCCGGCCGGGUUCGCCGCCGCGACGCCCUCGACACCCUGGGACUGCUCAAGCACACGACGCAGCCGCACGUCGCCGGCCGCGCGCCCGCCAUGCACGCCAUGCGCAUCGUGCUGCCCAAGACGUGGACGCUCGAUGUCGUGGGGAGCAGCAAGAGCGUCGACUACGUUGCAGCGCGCACGGGACUCGCGGCGCGGCUGCGCAUGACAGGCGACCGUGAUAGCCCCACGGCAGUUGUGCUGCGCGGACGCGCGCCCGUGCUCGCGCAGGCGGCCGACGAGCUCAUCGCCGUGUGCAAAGACGUCGAGGUGUACAGGCUCGGCGAGGUGACGACCUUGGACUACACGGCAAGGCGUCUGUGGCCCGCGAUCGAGGACGCCGAGGACGGGGGCGCAUUUGUGCCGCCGGACCAGCGGGAUAAAAUAUGGUUCCAUAGGGAGCAGCAGUACUGGAUCGACUGCGCGUACGAAAAGUUGCCGCGGCCGACGCGGUGGACCGAGGCGUCCUUUGACACCUUUAUCAGGACGAUCGUAUACGGUCGCCUAAAACCGGGCAAGACGCUGUCAAUCUACCACUACGGCAUUCACACCGACAAAAUUCGCGUCCGCAUGAUCAUGGAGGCUUUUGAGGAUCCCGCCGCGCGCAGCUGCAUCACCACGCCCGUCCUCCAAAUGGCGCUGCAGUUCAUGGCCACGCACGGCGGCCACCGCGCCUCCGCCGAGCGCCUGCUCGCCCAAGCCGAGAGAUGGGGCGUGCCGCUCGACACAGACGCCUUCAACAUCCUGCUCGACUGCUACGUGCAGGUGCACGACGCGCGCUUCUUCCACAAGGUGCUCGUCAAGAUGCGCGAGUGCUGCUUCUACCCCAACACGCGCACCUGGCUCCAUUUCCUGAAGCUCGUGCAGCGCGACGACGCCCGGCUGCAAGUCGAGGCCGCCAUGUUUGACCUCGGCUUCUUCGCGGACCCGAGCACGCGUCGUGGCGUCGGCAUCAUUACCGCCGGGGCGGCCGCCUACCAGGCCUUUCGCGUGGGCGAGACCCUCCCGUCGUUUCUGCGCAAGCAAAUCGCGCGGUUCGGCCCCGCAUGGCUCACUGAGCAAUCCGUCAACGCCGUGCUCAACGAGUUCUUCCUCUUCCACCCGACGGCUGCCGCGAGUAGCCACCACCCCGACCAUCGCCUGCUCGUCGAGCGCCUGGCCGCGGAGCAGGGCCAGCCCACCAUGCCCAGCAGCACGCGCAACCUCAUCCUCGAGCACUGCGCACAGCCGCACGUCUGCGACUGGGAUACGACGCUGUGGGCGCUCGAACACGGCAUGCCCGCUCGGCGCGACGACGCUGCGGUCGGCGAGCGCACCGCCACCGGUGACACCUACCACCAUCUGAUUAAUCUGUGCCGGGCCACGCGCAGCCCCGCCGCGCUCGCCGUCGUCGUCUUCUACGCCGUCAAGGAACGCGCGCUGGUUGAGCGCGCCGCCCGCACGGCCGUCGCCCAGGCCCUCCUCGACAGAGGAGACGACGCCAUUCCGCCGCGAAUACUGUCCCCGGCCAUGGCGCGCGCAAUCCAAAAGGAGCCCGUCGAAACCAAGGCGCACGCCGUCCGCGCCGUAGAGGCCGCGAUGCGACACACGACUGAGGGCUACAUGCCCGCGGACCGGCUCGUCAACGUGCUGCGCGACGCGCGCGCGUCCGACUGUCGCCUGCAGCGCGAGGGUACCGCCACCGCCGCCGCUGCCGCUGCCGCGAAAACGGAGGACGAUGGGGCUGCUGCCGGCCCGGUGGAGCCAGAGGCGGUAACGAUUGCACUUGAGGGGAUCGACGGCGAGAGUGCGCGGACAGAGGUGUGUCUUGACCGCGUUUUUGACGUGCGGCGCAUGGUCGUGUACAACCAGCACGCGAAGCCGGCGUGGCUAGUAGAGAAGCAGAAGAAGAAGCAGCAAAGAAAAGCAAAGCAGAGCGAGACGGCAAGCGGCCAAACGAGUGAACCGUCGUCGAAUAAGACAGUACCGGAGAAAGAAACCAAGACAGAAGAAGCAGCCGCCGCCGCCGCCGCGGGCGAACAGGGCGGAAACCACCCACUUGUACAAUACGUAAACUCUUUGCAUUGA